GACACAGCCCCUGCCUCACUUCGCACGACAGCGCCGCCCGCACUUUACGGCCACCGGAAAGCGGAAGCGGAAGCUCGACCCUGGUUGCGAUGGCGACGGCUUUGGAGUUGCCGGACUGGCUACUUGUGGAGAUUCUGUCCUUCGUGCCUCUCCGGGACCGGCUCCGGAGCUCCAGGGUGUGUAAGCGCUGGCGGAGGCUGAUGCUGGACAAGGCUCUCUGGAAACGCUUGGAUCUGAGUCCUUACAGGGUCGGGCCCAAGGUGCUGUGGCAGCUGCUGCGGCAGUACUUGGGCUCGGGGCUGAGGACGCUCAAGGUGCGAGGCCGCCUGCUGUCCGUGCCCCGGGCCCCGCUGCUGUCCCCGGCCCUGCUGCAGGAGCUGGGGAAGCGCUGCCCGAACGUGGCCUGCCUCAGCCUCCUGGAAGAGGACCUCCGCAAAAUCCCCUUCUCCUGCCUGCCACGUUCGCUUCGGUGCCUGGAACUGCAGUCGUGUGAGCUUCCCCAGGCCUGGUUUCCGCCGGGGAAUGGCCCCUCAAGUCUGACCCACCUCGAGCACCUGGUGCUGGACCGGAUCCCGGCCUUCUCAGAUUCGCAGCUACGGGCCCUGUCUCGGCAAGGGGCUCUGUGCUCCCUGGUGCUGAGGGUCACCUACAGGGUGACCCAGCAGGGGCUUCGAGACGCCCUGCCUGGGCUCGGUCACCUCCGGCGCCUCGAGCUGUGUGGAUGCUCCGUGCCUGCUGAUGGGGCCCUGCAGGCCAUAGGACGCUUCCUGCCCAGACUUCGGGAGCUCAGGUGACCCUACAGGUUUGUUGUCUUAAGGAAAACCAUCCAAAACCAGCAGCAUCUCCAAAGAGCCAAUUCCUUGAGAUCCUCAGUGAGAAGAUGAUCCAAGUGCCAUUAUGCCUACUAGGAAAUUUCUUUGUAUAUACCUUUGUUCAGAUUGUGAAUAAAAAUGUUGAAAUUUUAGGACAA